AUGGCAUCUCUUUCAUUAAGUGAUGAUUUUGAUGAUAUUUCUGAUCCGUUAGCAACCACUAUGAAAACUCAAACUGAUGAGAAAGAAAAGAAGACAGAAUCUAAAAAAGAUUCUGAGCAAAGCAAAAAAACAAAUUCAUUUUCCUCUUCAUUUGACGAUUUUGAAACCCAAUCUGCAAUAGCUUCAGAAGGACCGAAAAAUGAAACUGAAAAGAAAGAAAAAUCGUCCGAAAAAAUUGAUCUUUCUUUUGAAUCUUUUGAAUCUGAAAGUAAAAAGUCAGAAAAUACAGAUAAAUCUAAAGCUGAUACAGUAAAAUCAAAUAAAUCGAAUAAUAAAACUACAGAUACGGAAAAAUCGAAUAUGAAAACAGAUAAAUCCGAAAAUAAAACACAAAAAGCAGAUGAAAAAUCAAUUAAAGAUGAUAAAAAAUCAACGCAAAACUCUCCAAUCAAGCCGGAACAAGAAAAGAAGGUUGAAAACAAGAAAGAAACACCAACUCCUCAAAAUGAGCAAAAGAGUAAACAAGAAAAGAAAGAAAGCUUCGAAAAUGUAGAAAUUAAGCCAACAGAAGAUGAAAUUAACUACGUACCACCAAAAAUACGUCCAAUGGCUCCUCCUUCAAAACCAGUACCCAAAGAAGAUCCUCAAGAUGAAAUUAAUAGACUUAAAGAACUCGUUAUGCAGCAGCGACACAUUAUAG